AUGUCUGGGUCGGAAGACCUGCUCCCUAUCUGCGUAUACCACGACAUCUCGUCGAAAGUCUAUCCUGUGCGUCAACAGAACGCAACCAGCCCCCCUCCAGCCGUUGCGUUAUGGCAAGCAAAUCUUGCGAAGGCGGGCCAACACAGACUAGCAGCUCGUGGUAUUACUCAAUCUGGGCCUCUUCCUGUUUGCCAUUACGCCCUGGAUUGGCCGUCUCCUGAGAUCCUUGAGGAUUGUGCACCAAAAUUCAAGACAGCUGCCAGUUUUGGUGAUCUCAGGCUUGUCAGCAAGCAGGUUGAGCCGACCCCCUUCAAGACCUCAUACGGCCAGAAGCGCCGUCGUCUCGAGAAUGGUUUACGAGAACCAAAUAAGAUUGGUGCAACGUCAAGAGCUGGCUAUAUCUGA